AUGCACAAUUACAUGCCGAAAAGUUUUGACGAAAUAUUAAUACACCCGAAAGACAAGUUAAGAAUUUUAAAUUUUUUUAUAAGUUUAAUAAAAUUUAAUAAUGACCCGAUAUUAUGUAAAGAGUUAGAAAGCGUUUGCAGUACCAGUCAAAGAAUAGAUGUGCUAAAUCUAAAAAAUAUAUGUGUCAUAUUAGGAGCACCCGGAAGUGGAAAAACCACAUUAUUAAAAUAUGUGUGUCAAAAAUUAAAUAUGAGGGAAUGUUAUUACGAUUCAGAGUUACAAGAUCAUAUGCAUUUUGUUAGAAACAUUAAUGAGGAAGAAGAAAAUCGUUAUUAUUAUCAUCCGUAUAACGACUUCUUGUUAUAUUCCAACUGUCAAAUUGGCAAUACUGAAAAAUCAAAAAUAAGUAAAGUAAGAAAAGAAGAAGAUUCAUCUAGGAAUAAUGCAUCUAAAAACUGCAAAUUAAUUGCAGGUUUAGUUAGAAAUAAUAAGAGGAGUACAAUGGAAAGAGGGGAAAUUGGUCAUAUACAUAAGAUGCUGAAGUUAUAUUUAGGUAAUAAUAGCAAUAAUAGUGGUAGUAAUAACAUUAGUGGUAAUAGCAGUGGCAGUAAUAAUAGUGGUAGUGCAAAAGCUAAAGAAAUGGCGUCAGUAGAUUUUAUUAAUAAAAACUUCAAAAAGGAAAUAAUAGAAUAUUUGGUUGAAUAUAACAACAUGAAUGGUAGAAUAGCUAACGGGUUUUUUAAACUGUACAACUCAUUUAUAAAUAUAUUAAUUGAAUUCAUUAAAAUAGAAAAAAAUAUAUUACAAGAAAGUGAUGAAGAAUAUUACCAAAUUCCACUCGUGUCAUCCAACGAUUCCAAUAGAAUAAUAUAUAAAAAGUAUGUACGAGCAGAUCAGAUAUGCACAAAAGUAAAUAGGAACUUAUUUCUAUCAAAUAAAUUAAAAAAACAAAUCUCUGAACAUUGUAUAGAAGCUAACAAUAUAGAAAAGAAAUUUCUUAUUGAUCUAUUCGUUGAUGAUAAUUACAGUGAACAGGUAAUUACCAACUUAAAUGUGUUAACCGAUUUACAUGAUCAAAUAAAUAUAAAUUUCAUCGAGUCAGAACAGCUAAAUAAAUUAUUAGAUGAUAAGUUAACAUUAUACAAUAACAUAAAGGGGGAAUUAAAUGAUGAUUUUGCAUUAUGUAAUGCGCUAAGAGAAGAAUUAACUUAUUUAAUGGAAAAAAAAAAAGUAAAAGAAAUCAUUCAUACAUUUAUGUUAGACAAAAAUAGUGUUUUUAAAAGACAAAAAUUGAAUAAUGUGACAAUAAAAGAAAUAUACGAAUCAAUUAUUUUUUCUAAUAUUUCAAAAGAAGCAGGUGAAGAUAAUAAUACUACACCAAUCAAUGAUUUAUUAAAUAAGGAAGUUAAGGAUUUUAUAGAAUUGCAUAAAUCUAAAGAAAUAAUAAAAGGACUAAUAGAAAAUAUCAAUUUUAAGCACAAUUUGAGUGAAUACGUAAAUAUUCAUGAAAAAUUAAAAAAAAGGGCCAACCGUAUAGAAAUGCUCAAAAAUGUAAUUACCAAAAAAAUAGAAUUUGAUUUAAUUAAUAUAGCUAAUAAUGGUUUAUUUAAAAAUGUAGAAAAUUUAAUUACAGACAAAUGUUACUCCUCCUGGCGUACAAUAGAUUUGCUUAUAGCAAAUGAUAUGAGCACUUAUUUAAUUAAUAAUCUAAAUUUAAAUAAUACGUACAAAGGACUCCUUAUGUGUAAUGCAUUUAUAGGUAAUUAUUUAACAGAUAUAAUAAUAAUUAACUGUACUCUUGUUAAUUACAUAAAAGGAGAAGCAAUGAAUGAUUUCAUUAGGAUAAAUAAUUCUAUUAAAAGAACGAAUGAAGGAAGUUUAAGGGUGCGCAGAUACCUACUCGACGAAAGAGAGGCAUGCAUCCUAACAACUAUAAAUUAUACGACGGAAAAAGUAGACUCAAAUUUUAAUACUGCUAAUAAUUUGUAUGAACAUAUAAAAUUACUAUUUGAAGGAUACAAUGACGAUAUAAAGGAGGAAGUACCCGAUUCAAACUACUUUAUAAGUUCAGAAUUAAUAAAUGGUAAUCUAAAAUUUUCGGAUAAAUUACUCAAAAAAAUGUUAAAUUAUUCGAUUGAAAUUCAUAAAUUAAACAAAAAAAUAGUAAGUAACUUGGUCAAAUGUAAUGACAUAUUGGAAGAAAUCAUUUCGUGCUUAAAUAAAGACAGCAUGUUAAAGGGAAAAAUACUUCAAGGUGUUGUUCAAUACAAGCAGGGAAUCGAUAAAAUAAUUAAUUUGCUUGUACCUAACCACUUUGAACAAAAAAUGAUUAACUUCAUUUUGGAUACUGAUUUAUAUAAAAAGUUCAUGAAUAUAGAUUUAAAAAAAAAGAGAGAAGAGGAAAGGAAAAAAAGUUAUUAUGAAGAACAUUUUAUAAGUACCCGUGCAGUUAUUAUUGAUGAAUUACCGCUUUCUGAAUUGGAGUAUUCAGAAGAAUUUAGGAACAGUUGUGCCAGCUCUAUGAAUUUUAUAUUUAAUCGUGUUAAUUAUUGCAAACAAGAAUAUUUAAAGCAUUUCGUGAAGCAGAGUUAUCCCAGAAAAAAUUUCGAAUGCUAUGCAAUACAUCCUAUGAUAAUUCUUAUAAAUUCUUUUGAACAAAUAAAAACAGUUAAUACCUUAUUAGGAAUUGAUAUAAACCAUUCUCCAUAUGUUGAUUUUAUAAAAUUAAAAAAAAUACAUCCAUUAUAUUUGGAAAAAACAUUAUCAGAAAAAUACUACUGUAGGAUGAUAAACCUGAACAAAAAUAUAAAACAAGUUAUAAAAAAUUUUUCAUAUAAUUGUAAUGGAGAUGUAAGAUCUUGUUUUAAUGCAUUAGAUUUUUUAAACAGAUUUCCUGACUUAAGUAUAAUGUCUCUUGAAGAAAUAAAUAAGAUUUCUCUUUUAUGUCAAAAUGAUAUAUUUGGUUUUGCUAAAAAAGUAUUGCAUCGCGACAUAUGCCCCAAAUCGUCCUCAAAAAAUAAUAAUUUCCAUUCGUUAACGCAUUUAAACUUCGAUACAGGUUUUAACAGUUCCAGCGCGCAUAUUAUAAAUCAAGCGAAUGGAAAUGUAAGUGGAAAUGGAAAUGGAAUUGAAAGUGAAGGUGGAAUUGGAUACGUAGCUGGAAAUGUUUCAAAUACUGUUCUUUAUUUAUCUUCAUUAAGCGUGGUUACAACAAAUGACAGCGCGUCGGUUGCUGAUAAUGUAAAAAUUAGUAACACUGAGGAGAAUAUUCAAACGGGGGGUACAACCCCUUUAAAUUUUAAUAAGGGGGCACUAUCAAGUUAUACUGGUAAUAAUAAUAGCAAUUCUAAUAAUGCUGACCUUGUUAAUAACAUCGGAAGCACAGAUGAUGAAACAAAGCAAAGGGAAAUUUACAUGAAUAUUUUCAAGGAACUAGAUGAUAAAGCAGAUAUGAUGAGCAUAUCUGAAAAAUUUCAAGUGCUAUCGUUAUUAAAAGAAAAUUUUUUAUUUUUUUACAAUAGUUUAUCAGAUAUAGCAAGGUUAUUUUCUAACUUAAGUAUGAUAGAUUACUCAUUUUGUGGAAAUGAUUGCUCAAAUAUGUUAAUGAGGAAAUAUUAUGAUAACUUAAGUGAUGAGACUACAAGAUUUAUAAACGAUCAUUUUAGACUGACGUAUAGAUACUACAUAACAUGUAAUAGUACUCCUAAAAAAGUAAUUGGCAAUUCUUCUAUGCCUAAUGAAUUAGUUGAAAAGCUUCACACAGAUUUAAAUGAAAAAAGACAAGAAAUAGAAUAUUCGAUACAACCCUCUUGCCAGGUCAGAAUGUUUUUUACCUUCAAAACAAAUAAUAUGAAUAAAUAUUAUCAUCAUUUCAGUAUAGUAAGAAAAGAACUAUAUGACAGAUAUAUUAUGAUUGUAAUUAAGAAGUUAACUAACCAAAAUGUGAAUAAAAUUGAAGAUAUUACACCUAAAUAUAGCUUUUUUUUACGUGGAAAUUAUGAAUUAUUCUCUAGUUUUUUUCCUUGUUACAUAUUAUUGAUUAUAGAAUAUUGGAAUAAUCAAUAUCAAAAUGAGUGUAAUGUUUUAAAUAAUCACCAAAAAGACAACUUACUUUUUAAUAAAAUAAAAAUAAAUCAAAAUGAUGGAUUUUACUUCAAUAUAUUUUAUGAUAUAAUUUAUCAUUUCAAACCAAAUAUUGAAGGAGAUAAGAAAAGGAAUGAACAUAUUUCUCAAGUAAUUUCUUUUGUUGAAACAUUUGUUACUCCAAAAUUUAUAGCUCUUUUCUUUCCCUCUUAUUUAAAAUAUUUAGCAGAUGGUACUAAACAAAAACAAAAUGUAAAAAAUUUGCUCGGAAAUCAAGCGGUUUCCACAGAAACGUACUUUGAAAUGAGGAAUCUGCUUCGAUUACAUGAUAUGGAACUGUACAAUUACUUCUUUUAUUAUUAA